CGAUUUAAAUUUAUCCGAAUAACACUUCAUUAAAGAACAUUCUUUUAAUCUUAAAUCUAUAUAAUUUAUGAAUCUGUUUUGCUGAACUUGUAGUUUAUGGUUAAAAAAAAAAAAAAAAAAAAAGAGAGAGAGAAAAAAGAAAGAAAGAAAGCGUCUUUCCCCUCUCCUCUAAAACAAGAAUGCAAGACGCUUAAAGACGCGAUGCAUUUUAAGUGAGCAAGCUUUUGUAGAAGUUAAUAAUCAAUGUUUUAAUUAUUUAAUUUUGUUCGUUUUAUUUAAUAUAAAUUUGUAUAGUUAUUAUCAUGGAAGCUUUGUUACCUUCGGAAAUAGCUCGAUUAGUGUUCGGAUAUCUGGAGGAUCAUGAUUGUAAUGAUGCUGCCAGGGUAUUCUUAGAAACAUCUCCACAUCUUCAAGAAUGUCGUAAUGCAUUAUCAAAAGGAAGACGUUUUAAUACUCGUAUCAGUGGAUUAACGUUAAUAGAUAUUGUUGAAAAAUAUUCGGCAAUGAGUGUUAUGAUACAGGAACGUUUAAACAAAAUCACGGAUAGUGAACAUUUAAAGCAUUGUGGAGAUCUGUUAGAACAAUUAAAAUUUUUAGUAGAAGAAACACGUGGGCAACGGUUCGUUGUAAAUAUCAAUGUGCCUUCACAGGCUAACCAGCAAACAUUAAGUGGAUCUCCAAUAAUAUCAGGCAGUAGAAAAAAGAGGCAUCACAGUAAUAACGAGAAGGAACGGCACAAAGCUAAUGCAAAAUCAUCUAAUCCAGUUUGUCAAGAAUCUGCUUUACUGUCCAAUCAUGCAAUUGGUUGCGAAGCAACAGCUCUUGAAAGUUUACCUGGACAUACAGAAGCAAUAAAGCAUACAGAAAAAUGUGACGAUGUACAAAGUGACAUUAAUAAUGCAGUGGGACAAUCAAUGCAAUCCAAUUCUAGAAAAAAUAGUUUGACAGAUAGCAAUCAUACCACGGAUAGCAGAGAUAAAGUUGCAGCAUCGGAUUCGGGCGAUAAUAUUGAUACUCGAAAUUUUAAUGUAAACAUCAUUAAUGAAAACAAAUGUAGGAAAGAUGACGUUGUAAAAGUUACCACCAUGAAUGAAAAGUGUACUACAGGGACAAAUACAGAAGAAUUGUUAUCUUUUUCUAAUACAGAGGUUCAAACUACUCCUUGUGAAUUGCUUGAUUAUGAAUCGGAGUCUAACGACGAGCCUAUUCAAAACCUUAGUUUGUUGACAAAGGAAUUGUUAAAUCGAACGGAAUUACAAGAACGUAUCGCUGAAAAUAUAAAUAAAGCGAUUCUUCCGACUGAUACAUUUCUAAGGGAAGAAAAGGAAAUUUUAAAUGAAUCCACAGGUUAUGAACUUAAUACAUCGGUCGUAUCUGAGUUAAAUAAUGCUAUUAAAUCAAUAGUAGAAGCAACAGAAUCUGAUCCAGUGUUUGAACAAUUUCUGGAUGAAAUCAUUGGAAAAAACAUAGAAACAGACACAAGUCCUGACGAGGAUAUUGAUGUUAAAUCAACUCCUACAGAUAGAUCAGAAGAAAAACGAAUCGAAAUUGAUAAUAUUGGCAUUGCAUUACCAGAACACACAGUUGUUGGAGCUAAAUCGUCUAAUGAAAUAACUUCAACAGAAGUGCCAUUGAAACAAAGGCUUCGUAGUUCUUCUAGACAACAAACUGCUAGAAUAGAAGAUGAAAUUUAUAAACAAAAGGAACAAAGUGCUUUGGAAGAUCAGAAUGCAGCAGCUAUUUUAAGUAUUAUAAAUGCUAACAUAACGAAUACGCACGUUAGACCGGAAAAUGAUAAAAGUAAUGAUAACAAAGAAUCGUGCACGGCAGAAACUAAUAACGAUAAAAAAUCUCCAACCUCUGUACCUAGUAACAGUAAUGCUGAUUUAUCUGAAAAAUAUUCUACGCAAAUGGAAAAUCAGAAAAUUGAUAAUAUUAUUGUAAACAAAGAAACAGAAUCUAAACCAAAGAGAUCAAUGGUUAAACGUCCACGACCUACAAAAAUUAAACGAGAAUCUGAAAUCAAUUCUAAUGAUUUAAUCUCGGAACAAGAUAUUAUGACUAUGCCAACAUUGGUAUUAUGUUCGAAGGAAGAGAUAACUAAUAUUCGAGCUUUAAAUCCAUCUUAUUCGAUUGGAAAUAUUCAUCCUAUUACUUCUAAUUCUACUUCACAUUUUAUUCCAAUAAUGCCUAAAGAUCCUAACAAAACUAAAGAAUCAGUGGAAACUUUGUAUGUUAGAACAGUAAAUGUACCACAAAAAUAUGUAUUGCCAACAACUGUACCAAAUGUACAAGAAGACGCAAAGAAUUUAUCAAAUAGUAAGGUACAAUCAUCAUCUCAAAAAGAAAACAUUGCUCAUAGCAAAUUAAAGCCUAUACAAAAUAUUGACAAAUUGAUACAAAAUACAUGUAAUCCUAUUUUUCUAGAUCCAAUUGAAACAAAUAAAUUAGUGAGUAUGGAAUCAAUAACACUUUAUAGCACAGAAAAUAGUAUUAAAACAUCUUUGAAUAGUACAAAUAUGCCUAUAAUUAACGUUGAAGAGAACAUCAGUUUGUCGGGAAUAGAAUUAUCUCCUUAUUUGAAGUUUAAUUCUAAAUCUAAUCAAAGCCAUAAUUUGUCAGAUAUUGAUCUAGUACUUAUGGAAAAUUUUAAAACAUUCACACAAUCUGCACCGAAUGAAAGUAAAGAACAGAAUGUUAUGACGUCUAAAAAGACUGAAGGCGAUAUAAUUAAUAAACGAACACCAAGAUCUUUAUUAAAACAUAGGGCGAAAACACAUAGGCUUAGUUUAUCUACUCCUCGAAGGAAUAGUCAUGUAAGAACGCUUGAUUUUAAUACGCCAACAAAAUUAAUACAUUCCGCUUCAAAAAUGCAAGAUAAUGAAAAUUUGAGCUGUUCUCCCAAAUUAUUAAGACCUAUGAAAUCAGUUCGUAGAACUUCUCUCUUCAAAUCACCGCCAUUCACUAAUUCAUCUGUAACAAUACCAACGUUUCAAAAUGCAUUAAAUAUUGGACAAUCUAAUGAAAUACCUAUAGCAACUAGAAGUCCUAUUCCAAAACUUAUGGGAGGUUGGGAAAAAUAUAAUGGUGUAGGUGUAAUCAUAGAUGAUCCGUCACCUUGUAAAAGCAAUGGUAUUAAUUCUCCUAUAUCAAUAAAUAAAUUUCAAAGGUCUAAAACAAUAGCAAAAAGUUGGGAUGCAGAUUUGCGUAAGUGUUUACAGACAAGCGAUGAGAGAUCUACAUCGACAGUAAGUAACAAAAAGAAGAAAAAAGUUACUGAAAGUAAAAAUAAUAUCGCAUGUAAAACUUCAAAACGUAAUUUACAAUGCUUAAAGACUAAAGGUAGGAAAAAAUCUAAUGACGAAAGAGCUAUAGUUGAUGUAAAGAAACAAUAUGUUGAAAAAGAGGAUGAAGAAUCAAUAACGAGUGUACAAGAUGUUAAAAAGAAUAAAACAGAUGUACCAAUGGAAAUGAGCAAUAAGCCGCUUUCUAAAAAUCUAUUAAGUAAUACGAACAAAGAAGUAACAAGUGGUAAUACAGAUAAUUCUUGUGUUUUAGAGAAGAUAGAGACGGGCACAGAUACAUGUACGAUUAAAUCGACUUGUCCUGUAGCUGUAGUAGAAAACAACAUUACAACAGGUACAAAUAAUAAGGAAACAACUGAGAAAAAGAUUGUGAAAAAAUAUGUACAAUUAAAAACAUUAAAGACAAAUUUAAGAAAAUCAGAAAAAGAGAAAAAUGUUACAAAUAAUGUAUUGCCUACUAUAGAAGUUGUUCCAAUAUCUGAUAUAAUAGAUUUAGAAACACCAAGAAAAUUUGGAAAUUCUUCUGGAAUACCUUCAACGCCUCGUUUACUUAGUCCAAAUAGCAAUAUUAUUCCAUCGUUUAUUAAAACCAGCGAUGAUUCGACCAAAAUACGUAGCUUAAUAAACACACCGGAAUUUCCAACUACUCCUUGCAUUGCAUUGACUCCAAAACAUUGUGAGGAAAAUACGCGCGAUGUUAUAAAAAAAGGAAUAUAUAAUGGUUGUAUAUCGCCUUAUUAUAAACCAAGUACAGAACAUGUAAAUCCCUGUGAUUCUGAAAAAGUAAUAAAAAUUGAUAUGAAAUUUGAUAACGACGCAACGAAACAUUUGGCUAUCCCAAUUUCUGACACUAAGUCAAUUGGUACAACUCAAUUGGCACUAAAUACGGACAAUGGUUAUGAUAAUGUAUCUGUUUCUACUAAGCUUGAAAUAACACAGUUUGAAGUAAUCAAAGAAAAUUUGCCAAAGGAUGAAGCUGUCAAAGAACUUAAAAUAUCCUCUAAAACUAAGGACAUUACGUCUGCUAAUUUGAAUACAACUUCUAUGCAAAAUGAUGAAAAUGAUACUAAAGUUGUUACAUUAAUUAAUGAAAAAUCACUCAGUAUUCGUGAAAAUUCAACUGAUAGCGACACAUCUUCAUCCUCUUCAUCAUCGUCGUCGUCAUCUUCUUCUUCUUCUACUAAUUCCAAUAUUACUGAUACAUCCAAACCAUUCUCAUGUAAUAAAAAAUACAAAAAGACUCCUAAUAAAAUAUACACAGAUACAAGCAAUGAUUCUAUAUCAAAGAUAAAUGCAUCUGGCAAUAAUUCUAUGCAUGAUAUAUCUGUAAACUUAAAGAAUGAUUUGAUCAAAGAUAAAGCGAUAUCAAGUGUAUCAAAUAUAUCAACUAAUGUAAUGGAAGUUGAGAAAGCAUCCAUGGAUAUUAUAAUCAAAUCUGAAUCUUCUCCAGCUAAGUUACUUUCUUUAACAAAAAGUGAAGAACAAUUGGAAUCUACUUUAAAGGAAACUCCUGCUAAGGAUGAGAAUUUGUUGCCGGAAGAAGAUAUAUCUGACACUCCUAGCAGUUCAAAAAUUGGUAUAGACAAUGUAACAAAUUUAUCUUCAAAGAUAUCUGCAUUUAUUACCUCAGAAAAUGAAAAAUUAACAAAUGCAAAUUCUUCAAUACCACAAAUCUCCGAUGUGAAUAAAGUCGUACAGAAAUCACAAAUAAUAAAUAUACAGAAUAUAUCACUUGACAGAUCAACUUUUUUACCAUUGGCAGAAUAUGCAAAUCAUCAAAAUAAUAAGCAAAAAAUAUUAAGUACGGAUGAGCAUGCAAGACAAUUGGAACAAAAACGUCAACGUAUGAUAGCAAAGCUUAAACAAAUUCCAAAAUCGAAUGUAACUCUUGUAAAAAAUAGAUCUAAACAAAAUAUAUUAUCGAUAAAGAACAGAAACAAUUGUAUAAGUAAAAAUAAUCGACUAAAGAAUAAAAUAACAAAUAGAAUGAGAACUAGAGAAAAACGAUUUGAAAAGAAUUUCGAUAAGAAUACUAAUAAUAGAGAAAAUACGGAUGAACGAGUUUCUGUAAUUAAUAAUGUUGUUGUUACAAAUAUUCAAGAUAUAAAUAAAGAAGAUAGUGACAAAACAAUGUCAAUUACAGAUUCAUCGGAUAAAUGUAACAAGGAUAUUCAAAAUAAUAAAAAAAAUGUUUUAAUGGAAGCAAAUUCUACAGUAAAUACAUUAAUAUCAACACAAGAAAAAAUAAAUAUAGAGUCAAAAACUAAUGUGGAUGAAUAUAAUGCUAUUCAUACUACAUCUCAAAAUGAUAGUAUUGAAAGUGAUCAAGUAAAUAAUGAAAAAGUAAGCGAACAAGAAUUAUCAAAAGAGUAUUUAUCCAGUAUUAACAAAGAUAAAAAGUUAAUUAUGGAAAAUAACGAUACGAUAAACAAAUAUAAUAUUAAAGCUAAUACAAUUAUUGCAAUAAAACAUGUUGAAAAAGUAGAAGAUAUAUUGAAGGCUAAAGUUAAUCAAGUAAAACGUGAUUUGUUCAGCGAUGAAGAAAAUGAACGAAAAUCUCAAGUAUCAGAAGAUAUGAUCUCGAAAGAUCUUCAAGUUGAAAAGAAAGAUGAACAUAUUUUAAAUAAUAACGAAGUCAUAAAUGCUGUAGAAACUAUUAAAUCACAAGAUUCAAAAGAGGUAUUGUCUUGUGUUCUUGAAUGUUUACAGCUAGUACCGGCAAGCAAAACUGAUAAUCAUAAAGAAAAAAAUGAUAACAAUCAAUCUGAAGAGGAAAUUGAUUUAAAUACAACUGGACCUAGUUCUGUAGAAUAUCACUUUGUUUAUGAUGACAGUAUAUCAACGAAAAAAAGAAGAAGAAGAUACAGUAGCAAUGAAUUAAAACAGCAUGUAAAUGUUCAACUCAGCAAUGAAAAUUAUAGAGAAGUUAUAAAAACUAUGACGGCUACUGAUUAUCAAGAAAUAUUCAAUAUGAAUCCAAAAUCUAAGAAGAAACCGAUCAACAAGAAGUUGCCUGUAAAAAAUUCUCAAACGAGUAAUAUAAAAUCUAAUAACAAUAACUUUAUCUUAAAGGAUAAUUGCACCAAGCCAUUAGCCACGUCUUCGCCCGUAGACAAGCCUAUAUUAACAAAAUUAAAGAAGACUACGAGCAAAAUUAUGCCGAUAAAUGAUAAGGAUAAUGUAUCAGAAAAAGUAAAAGUGCAAUCUGAAAAAAGUAAAACACAAAAAGACAAUUUAACUACAAAAAAUCAUAAAAGGAAAUUAUCAGAAUCUAAAGAAGACGCAAAGGUUGAAAAAAAACGCAUAUAUGAUCCACAAGUAUUAUUAAGUAAUAUGAACUUAGAUGAAUUUUUGACGUCUGUUCAUGGACCUACAUGAAUAUCAUAUGCUCUCUUGCUAUAUCCAAAUGUUAUAUAUAUAUAUAUUAUAUAUAUUGU